UAAAAUCAGCAGAUGUAUCAGUGGAAAUUGAUAAGAAAACAAAAAUAAGGCUAGCAAUUAAAGAAUUAGAUAGGAUAUUAAAAAAGGAUAACAAUCAAAUGGAUAAAGGUGUAUCAAGCCUUAUUGAUGAUAAGAGAAUUUCUAUGAAGAUAAUGUCAUAUCUAAGAAGUUAUAAGUUUAGCGUGAAUUCUAAAGAAUGGCUUAGAAAAUUAAGAUGGGAGUGUAAAGAGUGGAAAAAAUAUAUAUAUGUUGAUAGACAUGAGCAAGAAGACAUAGUACAAUAUAGACAAACAGUUUUUUUGCCAAUGAUGAAGGAAUUGGAACCUGUUCUUAUUGAAUACGAUGACAAAAAUCUUACUAAACUAGUAGAGAAGAAUAUUCCUCCUGAAAAAAAGCAGUAUUGUGUAAUAACAUAUGAUAAGACUAUGUUAGUUGCAAAUAAUGAUGAGAAAACAAGAUAG